AUGGCCUGCGUCGUGCCUGGCUUUCUGCCAUGGCGACAUAUCUUUGCACAGGCAGAUCCCCCUGUACCUAGACGCUCCUCUUUGACCCGCAAUGCGAGCCAGCAGGCGCUGCAGCAUACACCAUCGCGCACGACACCGUACUAUGCAGGUCUCGUGAACCCCAAUAUCUACUGCUUUUUUAACAGCGUUGUGCAAAGUCUCGGGAGUGUGCAUCAUCUUGCCAUGUACCUCGAUGAAGUUGUGAACAUGUCCGACCGUUGGGACGUAGAUACGCCUGUGUCUGAUACCCUGCGCAGCAUGCUUGUUGCGCUCAAUACGCCGCAGGCAAAAUCGCAGGCGCUGGUCCCACGCGACUUGCAGCGCGCCUUACGAUCCGUGCCCCAGUCGCAUGGACUGUAUUCUCUUGUAUCAGCGCAGCAGCAGCAGGAUGCCCACGAGCUUGCUGUGCUCCUCAUACAUGCGCUGGACGCUGAGCUGGGCCGCAUCCAGCAUACACGCGCGAAGCGUUUGCAAGAAGGAUCGCAAGGCCUCGCAGCGCUUGUGGGACCGUCGCAUGUCCAGCGCGGUCUCCCACGUACGCGUCUGGGGCAGCAUGGUGAUCAUGUAACCAAUAUCUUCCAUGGCACCAUGGCGCAGCGAACAGCGUGUGCUGAGUGCGGAUAUAUGGAAGCUGUGCGUUUCUUUGCCAUGUCAGAGUUGGACUUGGUUGUCCCACCCACAUCCAGCACGCUCGAGCAGUGCCUGGCCGCAUGGACGCAGCUGGAACAGAUCGACUGGACAUGCCAUGGCUGCACUCUCCGCGCGACGCAACAGCGAGUGGUAGCCGAAAAGGCACGGUGCGAUGCCUUACCGCCUAGCAAGCGCACGGCCAAGCAGCGACAGACCUUGGAUGCUCAGCUUGCACAGAUCCGUGCCGCUUUGCAAGGCGCCUGGCACGAAGCAGAUAUGGAUCCAACGAUCCCUUGGACGCGUGCACAAAGCUCCUGUGCGACCAAGCAAGUGAUGCUCGCCUCGCCACCGCCCGUCCUUGUCAUUCACCUGAAUCGAUCCUCGUUCUCUCUGGGCGCGUUUGGCGCGAGUAAGAAUCAUGCCCGAGUCCACUUCCCGGACCGUCUCAACGUGGCGCCGUUCAUGGUGGGAUCCACACUCUCCGCGGCGGCCAUACGGCCGCUAUCGACACCUGACACGACACCGGUUUGGUACCAAUUGGUUGCGGUAGUUACGCACUAUGGCUCUCACAACUAUGGCCAUUACGUGUGCUUCCGGAAACGACCGCAAGGCAAGUGGACACGGAUCUCAGACGAAACCGUCCAAGUAUGCACGUUGGACGACGUGCUCGCACAGAAUCCGUAUCUGCUUCUGUAUGAACGCAUGACGUCCACAGAUCCCACCAAGCCCCCUACACCCUGCUGCGCACGUACAUGUCAGCGCUGGGAUGUGACUACCGUGCCCGACUAUCAAUCUUUUACAAACCAGGCGUCCUAG